AUGACAUCUCAACGUCAAAAUUCGGGUUUCCGUUCAGAUGAUAUUGGUCAAUCGAGCUUCCGUGGGAAGCUUCUGACUAUUGAUUCAAAGCUGGGGAACCAAGAUGUGGAGGGCUUAAAGUUUCUCUGCCGAGACUGCGUCUCCCACAAGAAGCUGGAGAAGUCCAGCUCAGCCUCAGACAUAUUUGAUCAUCUGUUGGAAGAGGAGUUGCUGAGUGAGGAAGACCCCUUCUUUCUAGCGGAACUCCUCUACAUAAUCAAGCAGAAAUCGCUGCUGCGGUACCUCAGCCAAAGCAAAGAGCAAGUGGAGAGUUUGCUGCCUACCCGAGGGAGGGUCUCUCUGUUCAGAAACCUGCUCUAUGAACUGUCAGAAAGCAUCGGCUCAGAGAACUUAAAGGACAUGAUCUUCCUUCUGAGGGAAUCGAUUCCCAAAAUCCAGAUGACCUCUCUAAGUUUCCUGGCAUAUCUGGAGAAACAAGGUCUAAUAGAUGAAGAUAAUCUGAGGUUACUGGAGGAUCUCUGCAGAAGAGUUGUACCUAACCUUAUGAGAAAGAUAGAAAAAUAUAAAAGAGAGAAAGCCUCCCAGGUAGUGAGACCUCCAAUAGACAGAGAACCUGAGUCAUUGCAUCAAAGAGGGGAAGAACCAUUUUCCCGUUCAGACCUUGAACAGUUGUUAGAAGCCUUACCAAAGGGUUCCUGGCAAGAUCAGCCUUCAAGGAGUAAUGGUAGAACUUCUUUUUCCCUGGUCCCCACGGAGAUGCUGGGAGCAUCUGCUGCCACUCUACCUUCUGAAACCAGCACAGAGGAGGCAAAUGUGUACAGGAUGGAUCGGAAACACAGAGGCCACUGUGUUGUUGUCAAUAACCACAAGUUUACCUCAAUGUUCGAUAGACCAGGGACUGACAAAGACGCUGAGCACUUGAGGCAUGUGUUUGAGUGGCUUGGGUUCAGUGUACAUGUAUAUGAUAAUGUGACCAAAGGACAUCUGGACAAGGUUCUGCAGGAAUAUAAGUGUCAUCCAGGCCAUUCUGAUGGAGACUGCUUCGUGUUCUGUGUUCUGACCCAUGGGAAAUUUGGAGCUGUCUACUCUUCAGAUGGGACCCUUGUUCCCAUUCAGGAGAUCACAUCUCACUUCACAGCCCAGCAAUGCCCUGGUCUGGCUCAUAAGCCCAAACUCUUUUUUAUCCAGGCCUGUCAAGGUGAAGAGAUACAGCCUCCUGUAUUUGUUGAAGCAGAUGCUGUAAAUCCUGAGCGUGUAUCCCCUUCCCUUAAGGACAGUAUUCCCGAUGAGGCGGAUUUCCUUCUUGGCCUGGCCACUGUCCCUGGCUACGUAUCCUUUCGGCAUGUGGAGAAAGGCAGCUGGUAUAUUCAAUCUCUGUGUAAUCAUCUGAAGAGCUUGGUCCCAAGAAAUGAAGAUAUCUUAUCCAUCCUCACUGCUGUCAACAAUGAUGUGAGUCAACAAGCAGACAGACAAGGAACAAAGAAACAAAUGCCCCAACCUGCUUUCACACUACGGAAAAAGCUAGUAUUCCCUGUGCCACAGGAAAAACUUUAAUAGUAGAGAGUUCUCAUUGACUCUUGGACUUGAAAUGAGGCUUUGGUCAUCCAUUCCAGUCUCCCACCCAUCACAGGAAUCAGUGAUAGAUGGUGAGCUGGCCUGCAUAUGUCAUUCUAAUUAUUGGAAAUACCCUAUUUUCUCAUGCAGCAAAUUCUUUUUUUUUCCCUUGUUCUUUUUGACAAGUCUGAAUGUUUGAACACUUUCUUGAAGCUUCGGACUGUAGUCUUGGCUUUGGUUGCACGCCCUGGGAAAAAGCAGUUGGCCUUGGUUUGUGCAUCCGUGAGGUAAAGGGUGGAACCACGUACGUUUUCAGAUUCCUUUGAGCUUUAAGAACCACCGUUCUUAGCCUCAGUUGAGCUUCGAUUUCCUCUCUACGUGACCACCCCUUGUUACCAUUCUGCAUCCCCUCUGCAUGGCCUUGUUGUGGACGUUGGAUAAUGGUAGAGAUCACACAUGGUUCAUUGACCUUCUCUGCUCUCCCCUUCCUACGGUUCCUCUCCUGCACAUCUACCUAGGUGAAAAUUUGGUCUAUACGGUGCCAUUUCCUGCUUUAGUGUAAGGAAGGUAUUCCUGCAGGAACUGUUUCUCUUGGGUCAGGAACAGGUUCGGCUCUAGGAUGCUGAUAGCCUGAAUGAAGAGAGACACACUCAGCAACUCUGGGAGCAGAGACUUUACAGCCUGAGAUUAAAUCCCAUGUUGGUCAGACCCUUUCAGAAGCUGAUAACCGAACACCCAUGUCAAGCCAACUAAAGCAAAGAAGGGAAUUUAUUGUCUUAGUCGUCUGAAAACACACAUAUGGGUGGGCUGGCUUCCGAUGAGGCUUGAAUCAGGACUGAGUCUGCACGAUAGCAUGUCUCUCUUGGUCAGGGGUUCUCUCGAUGGCUGUGCUGUACUGACUAUGGUCAA